AGGGGUGGGGGUGAGGAGUGAAAGGAAAGCAGCGAGUAUUAAGCGUCAAAUUUUUAGAACGUCGAGGGAGGCAGGCCGUAAAUCGUAGAAAAAACACACACACACACACACUCUCUCUCUCCUCCAAUUCUCCAAAAUUCAGAUCUUCACUUAAUUCCCUCUUACUUCUGUCCUCUCACACGCAAAGAAACACAUCCCACAUGCCCCCUCUCUCUACAGGACAAAGCAAAGUGAGUAACUUUUACUGACACGAGAGAGAUAAUUAUUAGUACUACUAAUAUAGGUAGCAAUCCCAUUCAUCAGUUUGUCACAUUUUCUGGAUCGGCAUUUCCCACAAUUUGAGAUUCAUUUCUGCAUUGAUCUCUGUUGUCUACUUUGUUUUGUCCUAAAUUCCUGCCCCUCUCUGUAACGAGUUGGGUGGGUGGGUGGCUAGAUCUUUGCUCAAUUUUACUUGAGCAUAUACAACUGAAUUUAGUUUAAUUGUGUUAGCAAUAUGGAGAGCGAGAAGAAGGUUUCUCCGGUAUCCGACGUGGGGGCAUGGGCGAUGAACGUUGUUAGUUCGGUGGGAAUUAUUAUGGCCAACAAGCAACUUAUGUCGGCCAACGGUUAUUCUUUCACCUUCGCUACAACGUUGACUGGGUUCCACUUUGCUGUGACGGCGCUUGUUGGGAUGGUGUCAAAUGCCACGGGUUUUUCCUCAUCAAAGCAUGUACCUUUGUGGGAACUUAUCUGGUUCUCAAUUGUCGCAAACAUGUCUAUCACAGGGAUGAACUUAAGUCUGAUGCUCAAUUCAGUUGGAUUUUACCAAAUCUCAAAGUUGAGCAUGAUUCCAGUGGUUUGUGUGAUGGAAUGGAUCCUUCAUAGUAAGCGUUACUCGAAGGAGGUUAAAAUGUCGGUUGUGGUGGUUGUUAUCGGUGUGGGUGUUUGCACAGUAACUGAUGUCAAGGUUAAUGCCAAAGGUUUUAUUUGCGCUUGUGUUGCAGUUCUGUCGACAUCAUUGCAGCAGAUUUCAAUAGGUUCUUUGCAGAAAAAGUACUCAAUUGGAUCCUUUGAAUUAUUGAGUAAAACAGCUCCGAUACAAGCUUGCUCCCUCCUUGUGCUUGGUCCUUUUUGCGACUAUUAUCUUAGUGGAAAUCUAUUACUAGACUACAAGUACACUUCUGGCGCCAUUUUCUUUAUACUCCUGUCGUGUUCGUUAGCUGUUUUCUGCAAUGUGAGUCAGUAUCUCUGCAUCGGGCGAUUCUCUGCAGUUUCCUUCCAGGUUCUAGGCCACAUGAAGACAGUGUGUGUGCUGACUUUGGGCUGGUUGCUCUUUGAUUCGGCAUUGACUCUUAAGAACAUUUUGGGUAUGCUUGUUGCUGUCGCCGGCAUGGUGAUCUAUAGUUGGGCUGUGGAGGUUGAAAAAUCCAACACCAAGAGUCCCCAUGCUGCCAAAAACAGCUUGACAGAAGAGGAGCUGAGAUUAUUGAAGGAGGAAAUGGAGAAGACUGACGUUGAAGUCGGUCAGUCCAAGGCCUAAAUUGAGGUCUCUAUUGUUAGCCAUCACGUAAUAUAGCUUUUUGGAUCAAUUUGCAUGUAGUUUAUACUAUUUGUUGCAUUAUUCAUUGGACCUCCUACAUUUGGUCCCAAUUUGGUGACCUUGGAUUGUUUUGAAUAGUUACUGAAUAUUUUGUUCUUUAUCCAAGUCCGCUAGGGUUCAUACCA